UUCCAGGCCCUUCCGUCCGGCCCCCUCCCCUGCCCCGCUCUAGCCGCCGCUCCUCCCGGCUCUAACCCGUCGGGCCAGACGCUUGGCAACGGUUGCUAAGGCCGAGAGCAGGCACCGCCCCGCCCCCAGUGCGCGAGUCUGACGUCACUUCCGCCGGCGACCCCUCUCCGACCCUGCCCCCCCGCCCCCCGCACCUUGUCAAAAGCUGAGCGACCCACAGAGGUGCACGCCUGCUCCUUUGGGGGCGCGCGACCUGGGGGCUGCCAUGGCCCCCAGCCACCUGUCGGUGCGGGAGAUGAGGGAAGAUGAGAAACCCUUAGUGCUGGAGAUGCUGAAGGCUGGCGUGAAGGACACGGAGAACCGCGUGGCCCUUCAUGCGCUGACCCGGCCGCCGGCCCUGCUCCUCCUGGCUGCGGCCAGCAGUGGCCUUCGCUUCGUCCUGGCCUCCUUCGCCCUGGCCCUCCUCCUGCCCGUGUUCCUGGCUGUGGCGGCCAUGAAGCUGGGCCUGCGGGCCCGCUGGGGCUCGCUGCCCCCGCCGGGCGGCCUCGGGGGGCCCUGGGUGGCAGUGCGGGGCUCGGGAGACGUGUGCGGGGUCCUGGCCCUGGCCCCAGGCUCCGGUGCCGGGGACGGGGCCCGGGUCACCCGCCUCUCGGUGUCCCGCUGGCACCGCCGCCGAGGCGUCGGCAGGCGCCUGCUGGCCUUUGCCGAGGCCCGGGCGCGAGCCUGGGCCGGCGGCAUGGGGGAGCCCCGGGCGCGCCUCGUGGUCCCGGUGGCCGUGGCGGCGUGGGGUGUGGCCGGGCUGCUGGAGGGCUGUGGCUACCAGGCCGAGGGGAGCUGGGGCUGCAUGGGCUACACGCUGGUGCGGGAGUUCAGCAAGGAACUGUGACUCCAGCCCCGGGAGGGAGGACAAGCGGCACUCAGUGAGCACCUACUGUGUGCAGGCACUUCCACGCCAUCCCUCCCUGAGCCCCCACCCACCCAGGGCCCAGCAGCUGAGGCCUGCAGAGGGCAAGAGACCCUGCCACAGCCUGACGCCCAUCCCUAGUGUUUGAACUUCUUAGAGAGGUCAACCCGUCCAACCCCUGCCUCAGAUUCUGUCUGCACUGAGAAAUCUCUUUAUCUUGUCUGUCUGCCAAGCCUGUGUCGCUUGUGCUAUGACAUGUGGCAGGAGAGGAAGCCGAGCAAGUAUGCCCCACACCCGGGUUAGGACUCGGGCAGGGACAAGGGCCCCCCCACCCCACCCCAGGGGAGUGGGGUGGGGGGGCGAUGCCCUUGCUUGGAGGGGGUGAGGCUGCAGAGGCAGAGAGGGGCUGAGUGAAGCCUCUGCAGGGGAGGGUUGUCUGCCUGGAUAGAGCCUCAGGGAGGGGGUGGUGGGCACAGGGCGGCCCGGCCAGCCCCCCUCCCCAGGAAGGUGGGAGCCCAGAGGGGAGGCCAGACCCAUCUGGUUUUUUACACCCGUUUGUUAAUAAAGCCUGUAACCGCUG